CAGAUGAAAUCGAGCUGUGUGCGUCAGUUUGCCUGCUGUAUUCUUCACGAGGGACUCGGACAUCUUCCAUUAUUCAUGCUUAUUCUAGUUUUCACCUUUUCUUUAGGGGAUUUUGUGUUCUUUCAAAGUUGAAGCGUGUUUCAGCAUCUUUUUUAAGUGUGUUCGACUAUAUUUUCAGCCGGCUUUUAUUUUCUGCAAAGUUUUGGAUUAUUUGUUCCCCCAUCACGUCUCAUCCACACCUGAGCUGAAAUCUAAACUGGCUUUACCGACCUUGACCCUGGUUGUGACCUUUGAUCUUUACACACAUCUGCUGGUCCUUAGGAUGUCACGCUGUGCCAGACGCUGCAAACACGGCAUAGUGAAGUUUGCUCUGUCUGUGAGUAAACUGAUAACAGGAACACUUAUUAAAGAUAAGUUAGAUGAUGAUUUUGAGCCAUCGGUGGUUUGUCAUCGUCCAGAAGCUUUGGAGCAACUAGAGGCCCAAACAAACUUCAACAAGAAAGAACUACAAGUGCUCUACAGAGGCUUCAAAAAUGAAUGUCCCAGUGGAGUUGUCAGUGAGGAGACCUUCAAACAAAUCUACUCACAGUUUUUUCCCCACGGAGAUUCCAGCACAUACGCACAUUAUCUGUUCAACUCUUUUGACUCCACCCAUAAUGGAUCCAUCAAAUUUGAGGACUUUGUGACAGCUCUCUCCAUCUUGCUAAGAGGCUCAACUAUAGAGAAGUUACAGUGGACCUUUAAUCUUUAUGACAUAAACGGAGAUGGUUACAUUAAUAAAGAGGAAAUGACAGAUAUAGUCAAAGCCAUAUAUGAUAUGAUGGGACGUUUUACAUAUCCUGCUCUGAAGACCGACACAACCAAACAACAUGUGGAUGCUUUCUUUCAGAAAAUGGACAAGAAUAGAGAUGGAGUCGUCACACUGGAUGAGUUUAUUCUCUCCUGUCAAGAGGAUGCAAACAUCAUGAGAUCGUUGCAGCUCUUCGAGAACGUCAUAUAGCCGCAGGAAGAAAAGAUGAAGAAAAUGUGACUGAGUGAGUGGAGAAAUGGAGGGAAUGAAACAUGAACUUUAAAGCUGAUCUGUGUCCUGUCAAAAAAAAAAAAAAACAGGAAGAAAACUUUGGUCCCUAUCCCUUUGGUCCCUUUGGUGUGACUGUUUGAUUUGACCUCUCUUUUGGUUACUGUAGCAAUAUGACAACCGUUCGCUUAACAUGCUGGAAAUCAAGUUUGUCUGUGAUUCACCUGAACUUAUCUGACCUGUUUCUGUUACAGAAAAAUCUUGUCUAUAACCAUACAGGAAAAGCAUAUCAGUUACAUGUAGCGGAUAGAUCUGAAGGAGUCACGGUGGGUUAUUUUAUGCCCAGUGUGUUUCAUAAGUCAAAUGAAAGUUUAUUUAUAGAGCACCUUUUUAAAACCGCAGGUGUUUACCAAAGUGCUGUAUAUACAAUAUAAAAUAAACAUUAGAACUAAAAAGCAUAAAAAAUAAUAAAAACAAUAAAAAAUGCAAUAAAUACAAUUAGUACUCUCAUACUGCAUUAUAUGCCGUACUAUACAAAUAUGUUUUUAAAUGUGAUUUAAAAACAGAAAGUGAAGGUAGCCUACUCUUGAGUUACUGUGAUAAAUCCUAAAAUAUCAUAAUAUUUAAUGGGUCCAAGCAUUUAGACGUGUUUAAGAACUGUUCAUGGGAGAUUUAUGUGAAAUGUUGUGCAGAACAAAAACCGAUUUGCUCGACAUUCAUGCUAAUCACUUUUUUUCAAACUGCACUGCAAAUAUUUAGCCCUUAACUAUUUUCAGUGGCCACUUUAUAGAUAGAAAUGUUUUUGCUGAUCCUGUAGGUUUAGUGGUCUAUAUGAACCAACCAAUCAGAAGUCCUUCGACUGGAUUUGCACAUCAUUUAGUUUUAUGCAGACUAAAGUGUUCGUCUCUAAUGACGAUGUGUUUGGUUUUUUACAGUUUUAUCUGUUGUAUUAUAAUAUUGUGUUUGUGCUAUCCUGUCGAUAGGAUCAGCACCUGCUGUUGAUCGGAUGUUUGUCUUUGUCCAUUAUUGUGAGUUUGUCGGUUGUCACUUGUUGGCUUGUGACUGCUUUUAGCUCCACCUAUUCCAAUCUCUGCUUCCUGAUUGGUCUGUUUGUCUGUCAGUAUGAGAGGGGGAAUAUUUUUCACGGGAGAAUCUCACAUAAACAUGUCACUGUCAGCAGUUUUAAUAGAUUCUGAAAUGUAAAUAAGUAACAAAGUAAGUUUUUUUUUUAUACCGUAUAUCCUCUUAUGGGUCGAUGACAUGCAUAUUUUUGAGUCCGGGCAUUAUGUACUUGAUACAUUUAUGACAUGUCACUUUAUUUUUUAAACCUAUUUAGUUUAAAUACACUUUCAGUAUUUUUUAAUAAUAAAUACAUAUUUUUGUUUUGGUAUCUCAAAUUUGUAAAAUGGAAAGGCAUGGCAACUGUCCUUAAUAGUAUGGAGUUUAAGACAACUGGUUAAAAUUUUUUAAUUAUUAAAUAAUUAUAAUUAUUUAAUAAUUAUUAAAAACUGUUUAAAUUAUUAAAAAUUCUAAAUAAGAUACUUUGGCCCUAUUUUAUGUUUAAAACCAUUCCUAUAAACAAAUUUCUAUAAUAUCUGUAGUUGCUAGGAUAUUAAAAAAACUUUUGCCCAACAAUAUGGAUAAUCUAAAAUGUCAGGGUACAACUACAAUCAUGGGUGUUUUAUUAAGAAUUGAACAAGUAUAAACAGUAAACAUGACAUUAAAUAAUGGUCUUUGUGGCUUAAUUAAAAGUUUGUAGAUUCCUUUAAAUACUGAAACAAUUGCCACUUCAAUGUAAUGAGUAGGCUGGUACACUCUGUGUCAGCUGGUACAACCAAUGUAAAACUAAAAAAGCUAUAUUUUAAAUCACAUUUUAAUUGCAUUUAAAAAGUAUUUUUAUGAAUUUGAUAUCACAGGCAGAAGUCAAUUAAAUGUAAAUUCAUUGCAGAGGUCAGGUGGUGCAACCAGAAAGUCAAAGGGUGCAAUGAAGGAAAUAAUAAUAUUAUAAUAUAUUAUAUUAUAUAAUAAUAAUAUUAAAAAGAAUACAUUAAAGGUAUAGUUCACUUUAAAAUGAAAAUUUUGUCAUCAUUUACUCAUCCUCAUGUUGUUCUAAACCUGUAUUCAUUUCUUUUUAGCAGAUAUUUUGAUAAAUGAUGGUUAACACACAGCAUAUAGUGACCAUUGACUUCCAUAGUAGGAAAACAAAUAAUUUGGAAGUAUUUUGAUAAAUGAUGGUAAGCAUACAGUUGACAAUACCCAUUAAAUUCCAUUCUAUUUUUGUUCCUAUGGAAGUCUAUGGUCAUUAUUAUUUUGUGUUCAUCAGAAAAAAGACAUUCAUACAGGUUUAAAACAACAUGAGGAUGAGUAAAUGAUGACAGAAUAUUCAUUUUAAAGUGAACUAUCCCUUUAAGGUCAAUAAUUUUAAUAAGCUUAAUAAUUUAGUUGUCUAUAAUUGUUUUUUUUUAUUUAUUAUUGUUCAUAAAUUUAUAGAAAAUCUUAGUUUUAUGGUAAAGUUGUUUUACACUUUCAAACUAUUUAUAAAUGCUACUAUGAAAUAAACAAACAAACAGCAUAUCACAGGGAGUGCAUUAAAAUGUAUCUGGCAAAUAGAAAAUGAUUAGUUGUACCACCUGACAUUUAAUUUAAAUGGGGAUUUCAAAAUAUUGUAAAACAAACAAUUAAAAUAAAACUAAACAAAUAAACAAAACUUUUUUGACACAUUGUUCCUGAUUCAAAAAUAUGCAUUACAUACAUUUUUUUAAAGAUUUUUUCCCCUUAGGGUAGAUCGGGUCACACUUUUCACACUGUCUAACAUAUACUGAGCACCAUACAUCACAAUGGUAUAAAAACUACGCUUAACCCUGGUUUAUCUUCGUUCUUAACCGUGCUUUUAACCCUAGAUUAAGGAUCAUUUCACACUUGUUUAGAAGCGGGGUUAUCCCUGAAAUGAACCCAGGGUUAAUGGUUUCCUGUAACAAGUAACUAUG